CAACACUUACAACGAUCUCCAACUCCUACUAAUCCUCCUGAGGUUUUUGUAUUCAACCAUGGGUAACUCCAACAUAUCAACAAUGAUUUUUCCGUUUGUGGUUCUCAUGUUAUUGUCAGCAAGCAGUCACACAACGGUUGCAGGGGCACGCAAUCUUCUGGAACCAACAUUGCCAAAGCCAGAAGUGCCACAACUUCCUAAACCUGAGUUGCCACCUUUGCCAAAAGUCCCUGAACUACCAAAGCUAGAGUUUCCUAAGAUCCCUGAACUUCAGGAACCAACAUUGUCAAAACCAGAAGAGCUUCCUAAGAUUCCUGAAUUGCCUAAGCCCGAGGUGCCUAAAGUUCCUCAGUUGCCAAAACCGGAACUGCCUAAAGUUCCUGAGGUGCCUAAAGUUCCUCAGUUGCCAAAACCAGAACUGCCUAAAGUUCCUGAAGUGCCUAAGGUUCCUGAGCCUCCUAAGGUUCAUGAAAUGUCUGAGGUACCUGAAUUGCCAAAACCUGAGUUGCCUAAGGUUCCUGAAUUGCCAAAACCUGAGUUGCCUAAGGUUCCUGAAUUGCCAAAACUUGAUCAACCUAAAGCACCUGAAUUGCCUAAAGUACCUGAGAUUCCUAAAGUUCCUGAGUUGCCAAAACCAGAACUUCCUAAAGUCCCAGAAAUGCCUAAGGUCCAUGAAAUGCCUAAAGUACCUGAAUUGCCAAAACCUGAGCUGCCUAAGGAUCCUGAAUUGCCAAAACUGGAGUUGCCUAAAGUCCCUGAAUUGCCUAAAGUACCUGAGAUUCCUAAGGUCCCUGAAUUCCCUAAAGUUCCUGAAGUUCCUAAAGCUUUUCCAACCAUCAAUCCUUGAGUUUGAAUUAUCUCUUUGCUGUCUUUGUCCUCUGGUCUUAUUUCUCUGCAGUUCAGUGUCUAGUUUACGUUGUUUCAUGGAUGUGAUAUGAUUUAUGUUGAUUUUUACUUGUGUGCUGUUAUAGCCACUUGAGAGUGAAUGUAGUAUCGGUUUCUAGUAUUUUGAACCUUACCGUAAGUUAUGUGAGUUUGAAGUUGUUUAAAUUCAUUAUGGUUAUACCACUGCUGUUGAUAAACUUAUCCGUUCAUAUGUAGACUUAUCAGAUUUCUGAGUAUAAAAUUCUAUAUUUUGCUUCUA